AUGGCGCCAGAUGAGGUUUCUUUCGCAAGCGAAGAAGCAUGGCACGAUAUCUAUACCUGGCGAGCCGGGCAUAAGCGAGCCAUACGUGAUUCGGCAUUUUUCCAACCUCCAGAGGGGCAGGCGGACAAUCUGAUCACUACAAGCAACGUCAAAUUUCACGCUCGUGCCCCUCUCAUAGAAGGCCACGCCGACAUGCUCAUCAACCAAUUAUGGCAGCGAGCAACAAGUUCCGAAGCCCUGGAAACAGGAGUAUUGGUCAACGUGACGGACUGGAUUAACUUUUUCACUAUGGACGUGAUUGGAGACCUAGCUUUAGGCGAAGCUUUUGGUUGUUUGGCUAAAGGUGAAUACCAUGAUUGGGUUCGAACGCUAUAUCAAUACUUGAAGGCCAUGACAAUCGCUGCCGCCCCUCGUUACUGGCCUGUCAUGCAAUGGCUUUUCGAAAAAGCCAUUCCUAAAAGUGUUAAAGACGGCUCAAAGCGUCAUCAGCAAUAUGCCUUUGAUCGGAUCAAUCGCCGUCUCGAUAGCAAAACGGACCGUCUGGAUUUCAUGACGCCCUUUAUGAAAAAGAAUCCGAACUUUGAGAAUAUGUCUCGUGAUGAGAUCCUUUCAUCGUUCAGUUUUGUGAUUGUCGGCGGUGCAGAGACGAGCGCCACCACUAUGACAGGCAUUUUCAACCAUCUCGCUAUGCCACAGAACAAAGCGAUCUUAAAUCGCCUGACAAAGGAAAUUCGAAGUUCCUACAAAGCAGAAGACGAAAUCACCGUAGAAAGCAUUACCCGUGCCAAAUUACCUUAUCUCGACGCUGUCAUUCAGGAAGGACUCAGAAUUUGUCACCCGGUGCCUUCUGGUUUGCCUCGAAUGGUGCCGUCUGGUGGUGAUGAUUAUGCCGGAAUCUGGCUACCAGAAGGGACUAGACUUGGUGUGCGUAUCUUUGCCAUGAAUCGAUCUGCCAAGUAUUUCCACGAUCCGGAUAGCUUUGUUCCUGACCGGUGGCUGCCGAAAGAACUGCGGCCAUCAGAAUUCGCCAAUGACAAUCUCUCUGCAUCGAAGCCGUUCAGCAUUGGAUUUCACAGUUGUCUUGGGAAGCCAUUAGCUAUGGUGGAAAUGCGCCUUGUCUUGACCCGUAUGCUUUGGGCGUUUGAUAUAGCAGAAGAAGAGGGAAUGCAUACGCAUUUUGAUAACUUUCCCAUGAUGAUGAUGGUGGAGAAACAACCAGUCAUGCUCCGCUUGAGGGCGCGAAAGGGUGUGAACUACAAGGCAGCGGGUGGAGAUGUAGUCUUGUGA